AUGACCAGCAACGGACAAGACUUCCAGCGCCGUGGCUCUGUCACCCGGCAGCGCCAGCUAUCGCAGCAAUUCCAAAACUACGCCUGGCUGGCACCUCCGUCAGAUAACGUCUACGCAGGUAUUUCGGCCUACUUCGACGACCACCAUGCCUCCGUCAUUGCCAUCUCCAUCCGCGACACUACGUACCUGCUCGAUUCUAUCGAGAAAGUAUUUGAGCAAGGAUCGAAACCAUCCGUCGAAGAAGCAACCGAAUUCAUCGUCUCUCGGCUUCGAGGAUAUGGAGAGAAACACCUGGAGAAAAUCAUCGGAGCGGCGAUGCCCACGUAUCUCGCGGACCAUUGCUCACGACUUUGUUCCCGCCUAUGGGCCGAGCUCGAUGUCAUCCCACUGGUGUCGCCCGAAUCCACCAAUUCGAUGGAUCGGUAUACCAGGCGGGGAUCGGAUCGGACCCAAGCGUGGAAUGCCAAAACAAUCGAUGAACAGGCCGAGGCCAUGUCGCGGAAAUGUGUUCGGCUGUUCGGACCGGAAAACAUUCCCUUGCUGCAAGUGGGCUUUAUGGGGCUCGUGGAGGUGGACACGGGCUUCCACGUUCGACUAGCGAAUGUUGAAGAUUUCCAAAAGACGGUGUCUCCCAAUACGUGGGAGGCAGUGCAAUACUAUGCUAAGGAUAUCAAGAAGCGGAAGGUCAAGAUUGCAUUCUUUAGUGCAACACCUCAAGGAGGAGGUGUUGCUCUGAUGCGGCAUGCCCUUGUGCGUUUCUCGCAUUCCCUGGAAACGGAUAUCAAAUGGUACGUCCCGAAGCCCAGACCGGGCGUCUUUCGGGUAACCAAGAACAAUCACAACAUCCUCCAAGGUGUUGCACCCCCGGAUGAACGCUUGAGCUCUGAAAAUAAGAAGUUAUUGAAGGACUGGAUCGGGGAGAAUGCGAGGCGCUACUGGUCUUGUCAUGGUGGUCCUCUAUGUUCACCUUCUGACGGAGGGGCAGAUGUGAUCAUUAUUGAUGAUCCUCAGAUGCCGGGUUUGAUUCCUAUAGCCAAGGAGCUCGCCCCAACCCGACCAGUUAUCUUCCGGAGUCACAUCCAGAUCCGAAGUGAUCUAGUUGACACGCCGGGCACUCCGCAGGCGGAUGCAUGGGAAUUUUUGUGGAAUCAGAUCAAACUUGCCGAUGUUUUUAUCAGCCAUCCAGUGAAAGCGUUUGUGCCCCAAGACGUGCCGACUGAAAUCUUGGGCUAUUUACCCGCCUCGACCGAUUGGCUGGAUGGGUUGAAUAAGGACAUGCGUGACUGGGAUGUGGCACACUACGGUCGCAUUUUCAAUGCUGCGUGCAGGAAUGCGGACAUGCCGACUAUCCAGUACCCAGACGAUCGGUACAUCGUGCAAAUCGCACGUUUCGACCCGGCUAAAGGGAUCUUCGAUGUGCUGGACUCGUACGAGAAGUUCCACAACCGGCUUACCCAUGACCGGCCAGAUCUCAGCCCACCGAAGCUCUUGAUCUGCGGACACGGCUCCGUAGACGACCCGGAUGGAGCGGUGAUUUAUGACCAAGUGAUCGAUCACAUCGAACGCAAGAUCUCCUACAUCCGUGAUUACAUCUGCGUUAUGCGUUUGAGGCCCUCGGAUCAAGUUUUGAACGCCGUUCUUUCCAAAGCCACAGUUGCACUGCAGCUUUCCACCCGUGAGGGAUUCGAGGUAAAAGUAUCAGAGGCGAUUCACAAGGGCAUCCCAGUCAUCGCCACGCGGGCUGGUGGCAUCCCACUUCAAGUCGAGAAUCUUAAAAACGGGUUCUUGGUGGAUGUCGGCGACACCGAUGCUGUGGCGCGGCAUUUGUACGAUUUGUGGACCGACGAAGCACUCUAUGACCGCAUGGCGGCGUAUGCGGUCAGCCACGUCUGCGAUGAGGUUAGUACGGUGGGUAGUGCGUUGUCUUGGUUGUAUCUGUCCUCGAAGCUCUCCAAAGGCGAGCCGGUGCAACCGCACGGCCGUUGGAUCGUUGAUAUGGCGUAUGAAGAAAGCGGUAUUGCCCCGGACAAAAUGCAUCGAAUGAAGCGAGCGGUGGAAGUGAACAAAAUGGGAUAG